GCGGCGCCUUCAGCCACUUCCGCCCCGGCUUCUUCCCGGCUUCCUUUCCCGCCACGGGCGAGAGCUCGCGAGAGCUCGCGGGAAAAGGGGCGGGGCCGCGGUGCCACGUCGGGCCCGGAGCCGGAGGGAACGGAGCGCGCGGACGGAGCCAUUGGUUGACCCGUCUCCCCUCACCGGGGCAAUGGCGGCGGCCGCCCGGACGCGAGGACUCGGCGCUGCCCUCACCGCUGCCAUUGCCGUGCUGGCCCUCUGCCUGCUGCUGGCCCCCACCGCCUCGCACGAGGGUGGCCACUCGCACGAGGACCUGCACCACGGCCACGGCCACUCGCAUGAGGGCAUGUACCACGGGCACCACGGCCACUCGCACGAGGACCUGCACCACGGCCACUCGCACGAGGGCAUGUACCACGGCCACGGCCACUCGCACGAGGACAUGUACCACGGACACGGCCACUCGCACGAGGGCAUGUACCACGGCCAUCAUGGCCACUCGCACGAGGACCUCCACCACGGCCACAGCCACGCGCACGAGGGCUUGCACCACGGCCACUCGCACGAGGACAUGUACCACGGCCACUCGCACGAGGGCUUGUACCACGGGCACCACGGCCACUCGCACGAGGACGCCCACCGCCCCUCGCACGAGCGUUUGCCCCCAGAUCCCCCCAAACCGCCACCCCCGCGGAAGGACACGGUGACGCUGUGGAUGCACACGAUGGCGGCCACCUUGGUGAUCAGCGCCGCCCCGUACCUCGUCCUCUUCCUCAUCCCGGUGGAGUCCAACGCCCCCCGGCACCAGGGGCUCCUCAAGCUGCUCCUCAGCUUCGCGGCGGGGGGGCUGCUGGGGGACGCCUUCCUCCACCUCAUCCCCCACGCCCUGGCCCCCCACGCGCAUCACGGCGAGGGCGGUCCCGCGCACGCCCAGCCGGGCGGCCACGGCCACUCGCACCACGGCCAGGAGCACGGCCGCAUGCUGACGGUGGGGAUGUGGGUGCUGGCCGGCAUCGUGGCCUUCCUGGUGGUGGAGACCUUCGUGCGACACGCCAAAGGUGGCCACGGCCACAGCCACGGCCACGGGGUCAAGGCCAAGAGCAGCUCCAGCGAAGGUGAGGAGGAGCCGGGGGCGGCGGGGCGGCGUGGGGAGAGGACGGCCACCAAGGGCCACCGUGGCAAGAGCCGGCCGGCGGGGAAGGCCACCGAGGAGUCGGCCAUGGAGGUGUCGGGGUACUUGAACUUGGCGGCCGACGUGGCUCACAACUUCACGGACGGGUUGGCCAUCGGGGCCUCCUUCCUGGCGGGGACGGGCUUGGGGACGGUGACGGCGGUGACGGUGCUGCUGCACGAGCUGCCCCACGAGGUGGGCGACUUCGCCAUCCUCGUCCAGUCCGGCUGCAGCAAGCGCAAGGCCAUGCGGCUGCAGCUGGUGACGGCGCUGGGUGCGGUGGCGGGGGCGGCCUGCUCGCUGCUGGCGGAGGGGGCGGGGGAGGCCGCCAUGCUGGGGGUCCUGCCCUUCACCGCCGGUGGCUUCAUCUACGUGGGGACCGUCACCGUCCUCCCCGAGCUGCUGCGGGACGCGGGGCCCCUCCAGUCCCUGCUCCAGCUCCUGGGGCUACUGGCCGGCGUCGCCAUGAUGGUGGCCAUCGCCCACUACGAGUAGGGGACCGUGGGAACAAGUUGGGGGGGGGGGGGGGGGG